AUGGCCAAGCUGGGUGUCAUGGUGUUUCUCCUGGCACUCGUCGCCAUUUCCAUGCUCCAAACUCUGGUAAACACUUUUUCUUCCUUCCCUAGCUUCAGCUUCCAGAGCCACAAACUCAUCACAAUGUUAGUAAUCAGAACAAGACUUGUAGUCAGCUCUGCUCUUCUUGAAACUACUUACUCCUUUCCUUCCUCCGAUCCGCUUUUGCUGCAGGUUAUGGCUUCCCAUGGACACGGCGGCCACCACUACAACAACAAGAGCAAAUAUGGGCCGGGGAGUCUGAGAAGCAAACAGUGCCCGUCGCAGUGUAGUAGGAGGUGCAGCAGGACGCAGUACCACAAGCCGUGCAUGUUCUUCUGCCAAAAGUGUUGCAGCAAGUGCCUCUGCGUCCCACCGGGUUACUACGGCAACAAGGCCGUCUGCCCUUGCUACAACAACUGGAAGACCCAGCAAGGCGGCCCCAAGUGCCCUUAA